AUGACGGCUAUAUCAUCAACUCAUCUCACAAUUCGAAGAGAUCUUGGUUCGAAUAGAUGUCCUUUGAAAGCCUCAUUAGUAGGGGUAGCUCAAGAUAUUCCAGAGGAAAUCGAUAGUAAAAGUGCAAUGUUUAAGUCGUCGGUUAAUGAUUAUGCUAGCAAGAAUUACAGUUUCGUUAUUAAGGUUGUAUUUCCUCGUAAUAGUAGUCGAUUUAAAUAUUUAAUGAGUUCUCUUCGCUCAAAUGAAUUGACACUUUUUGUUGUUGGGUAUAUGGAAGUUAUACAGGAGGAUCUUUAUGUAUAUGCUGCUGAUGUUUCUUUUGUUGUGGUUAAUUCCACAGUUAAAAGGAAAGUUUCCAGCUUAGGUAGUUUCCAAACUACAUUUGAGGUGUAUAGGUCUGUUCGAUCAAAGCUCUUAACUGCCCAUCAGAAUUCUAACAGAAAGUUAUCUCAGGUAUUUUUAGCCAAAGCAGAUAAACAUUUAGCAGAUUCAGUUAUUGAUGGUCCUAGUUCAAGACAUACGAGAGUUGAAGAUGUAGAUGAUGAAGAUGAUUAUAGUAGUUGUAGUCAGACAGUUGAACAUGAUAAGAAAUACAGAGACAGUAAUGGUGAGUUUGAAAAGAGUAUUACAGGUGAAAAUAAAGAAAAGGGAAAGGAAAAGAUGACACAACCUGUAGUGCAUAAUUUGAGACGUCAGGUUUAA